GCAAAAUUCAAGUAAAUCCACCAAGACCUUCAGUCAAUGUGGAUGAUCUUGAAGCUGACAUAGGAGAUUUCAACAGGGUCAAGUCAGGAGGAUCCAUUUCAGUUGCUGAAGGAACACUCAAUGUUGACAUUCCACCGUGUAAAAUCACAGACCUUCAAGCAACAUUAGCUCAAAAUAAAGUUGUGUUGGAAUGGACUGCACCGGGAGAGGAUUAUGAUCAGGGAGCAGCAUCCCGCUAUGAGAUGAGAAUGAGCUAUCACCUCCUCCAGCUACGGGACAACUUCACAGCAGCUACCCUGGUUAACCUCACCAACUUGAAUCCACGUCCAUUUGGCUCAAGGGAAACAUUCACAUUUGUUCCCGAAAACACGGAACUGCAAAACAGGACAACGCUCUACUUCGCUCUCUGCGCCUACGAUAAACAGGAACAGUCAUCUGAAAUGUCUAAUGUGGCCAAGGUUUAUGUCUUUGUACCUGCACCUCUGGUUGAGCACCCAAAAGGCAGUAGUGUAUGGAAGGUGAUUUGGAUUGCGAUUGUUGUUGCAAUUCUGGUGUGUUUGAUCAUUGGGAUUGUCAAUUACCUGGUUCAGAAAAAAUGCAUAA